GGCAGGUACGGUACCAGGGCACGUAGGUUACUAACCUCGGCCAGCCAAGUCUUGUCACCAAAAGGGCGUCGACGACUCCAAAUCCAACUCCACCAUCACCUCUUCUCCUCACCUCACCACCUCACUUCUCCUACCAACUUGAAGUACUCCGUAGUAGGUCGCCAUAUCAUAUCAUGUCAGCAAGGCGGGCCCGAGGGGCCCAUCCAUCCCCUCCCCAACCCACACAAAUUCUUUUUCGGUAAUCUUUACAAACACAUAUAGAUAGGUAGUAAAUAUAACCUAUCAGUCAGUCCAAUAAUAAGAUAACCGAUUCUGACUCCGCUUAUCAACGGAUUAUUUUUCAUGUCUUUCUGACUUGACUUGAUUUGACUUUAUAUUCUCUACAUAUACUGUCUACGUGUGUUUUGAUUGCCGCCGACCCUGCCUGCCUGUAGCGUCUCAACAUACAUCUAGAUUAUUGUUCUGAGAUUCUCGACUUUGAUGCUGAUCUUGACUGGAUUACUCAGACUGGCUGAAAAGAACAUAUCUGGGCUCAAGAACGGACAACAAGUUCGAAAUUUCAAAGGAUCAAUCUAGGGUUGCUGGCAUUACAACAACCACAACUGGAAAUUGACCCAAGCAAUUUCAUGAAAAGUGCGUCGACAGCAAAAACCAUCCUUUCAUCGACUCUACCAAGAAUACAGACUGGAGUAUUGAACUCCCAUUCUAUAUUGAGUUCUACUUCAAGCUCAAGACCACCCCGUCACUUUCAAAUCCACUCGGAUGCAAUCUCCAGGACCUUGAACAGAACAUACUAUUCAGCCUCCACCUCUCCAUCAACACCAGCACGACCAUCCAGGACCACUCCUCUCACCCCCCUUCACCAUUACCAUCACUCAUCAUCCUCCACCUCAACCAUGUCCACAUCUACAUCCAUCCCCCCGUUCCCCACCGGGCCUCCACCUCUUCCCCCCGGCAAGGAUAAACACCACAUCGUCGUCCUUGAAGGAAUCCACGCCCCAACACCCACCUUCUCCUUCCCGCACACCAUCACCAUCCACCAGAAUUCCACCCCCUCUCAAAUCGCCUCUCGUAUUCGCGACGCCACCAUCGCCAUCUCCUGCGUCGUCCCCAUCACCCCCUCGGACAUGGACCAAGCCCCUCACUUGGGCGUCCUCGCCGUCAUGGCCGUCGGCAUAUCCUGGGUCGACAAAGCCGACUGUGCCCGUCGGGGCGUCACCGUCACAAAAUGUCCUGCUGGAAACGUCGACGCCGUAGGCGAACACUUCCUCACCUUGUAUUUUGCGGCGCGGAAACGCGUCGUUCAAGUCCAUAACACCUUGGCAACGACGUCUGAUUGGCCACAGAAGGGGACGUUGACGAAAUUAUGGCCGAAUGGCCCGCCGAGAGGGGCUGGGCAGGAGAAAUUAGGGAUUUUGGGGUAUGGAACGCUGGGCACGAGGGUGGAGAAGUUGGCGAGGGCAGUCGGGUUUGCUGAGGUGGUUGUGGCGGAGAGGAAGGGGGCUAAGGAGGUGAGGACGGGGAGGGUUUCGUUUGAAGAGGUGCUGGCGACGUGUACGGUCAUUGUCUUGACGUUGCCAAAGGAGGACGAUACGGUGGAUUUGAUCAGUGAGAAGGAAUUGAAGACGAUGCAGCAGGAUGCGUUGAUCAUUAAUAUCGCGAGAGGAGGGAUUGUGAAUGAAGUGGCGUUGGCCAAGGCAUUGAGAGAAGGUUGGAUUGCCGGUGCGGCUGUUGAUGUUCUUGAGACGGAACCUGCGGGUGUGGGUACCAGUCCUCUACUGCCGGAUAUGUCGAAACCAGAGGCCGUGGCAGUGCCAAAUCUGACGGUGUCGAGUCAUAUUGCUUGGUUUACGCAGAGUACGAUUGUCAGGUAUCAGGAGUUGUUGAAGCAGGGGAUUGAAGGUUGGGUAAAUGGGACGCUGAGGGAGGCCGAGGAUAAGGUCGAUAAGACGGUGGUGGUUCAUCAGGGUAGGAUUUGGAGUUGAGUGAAAGGAAGAGGAAGAGGAAGAUAGAGAUAGAGGUAGAGAUGAAGAAUGAAACAUCAAUGCAUUGCUAGAUCAAUG